CUGCGCUGCCAAAAAAUAAGAAAAUGGACGAAUCCAAAAACAUCAAAACUUCCCACAAAGUCUAUUCAUACGCCCAAUCGGCCAAGCUCCAAAAGCUCCCAAACUGAGGAAAACCGGGGCUCGCAAUCCGCACAACAUUCUGAACAUUGUGACAUUGUCCCUGCCCUCCUCUAAUUCGCCGAUCUUCUUUACCGUGCAAAUUGCAGAUCAAGUUGGACGCACGCACUAUGUGACGAGAGAGCUGCUGCCGUUGGCGUUGCCUCACGGACUGGCCCGCACCGCACCUACAUCACUUUGACUGCAAACAUCAUUUUUCAAGCUGGAAAAAAAGCCAACACGCACCUCACGCACAAAGCUGCAAUCCCCACCACCGAACGCCCGCCCGCCUGAGCCUAGUGGAAAACUUUGCAUUUGGGAUACUUCGUGUUCUCUUGGCGAAGCGAGACGAUUCGAAUUGGCUGAUCUGCUGCGUUUGGUCAAUCCGCUGCGCCAACGGCAAAAUCCACUCUGGCAAGCUCCGAUCAGGCCAAACCUAGCGACAGCUAGACAGACAACGGCAACAGAGACGACGCGAUCGAGAGAAGGCUCCUGCUGCCACCAUGUCAGUGCUUCUGGAAACUAGCUCUGGCGAUAUCGUGAUUGACCUGCUGGUCGAUUACGCGCCAAAGCUGUGCGAAAACUUCCUGAAGCUUUGCAAAGUCAAAUAUUACAACUUUUCACCAGUCCACUCUGUCCAGAAGAACUUCUCCUUCCAGACCGGCGACCCUCUCGGACCCUUGUCGAAACAAUCCGAUGGAGGCACCUCCAUUUGGGGCCUGCUGUCCGGCGACAGCUCCAAGAAGAUGUUCCCGGCCUUCUUCCACCCGAAGCUGAAGCAUCUCGAGCGAGGCACCGUCAGCAUGGCCACGGCGCCUCUGGAUUCGGAUCCGGAUACCCGCGUGGCUGCUUCGCAGUUCAUCAUCACCUUGGGCGAUGAGACGGACUACUUGGACGGCAAGGCCGCUGUCUUUGGCAAGGUCGUGGAGGGCUUCGACGUGUUGGAGAAGAUCAACGAGGCCAUUGUAGACGACAAGGGACACCCCCUCAUCGACAUUCGAAUCAAGCACACCAUCGUUCUCGAUGACCCGUACCCCGAUCCCCCCGAGCUGCGAGAGCCCAGCGCCUCGCCUCCUCCGACCAAGUCACAACUCGAUACCGUUCGGAUCGCGGACGAGGCUGCGCUACACGAAGACGACGAUCUGGACGAGGAGGCGAUCGAGAAGCGGCGGAGGGACCGCGAGGCACGGGCCCAGGCUCUCACUCUGGAAAUGAUGGGUGACCUGCCGUUUGCCGAGGUCGCUCCCCCUGAAAACGUCCUCUUCGUCUGCAAGCUCAACCCCGUCACGACGGAUGCCGAUCUGGAACUCAUCUUUGGCCGAUUCGGCAAGAUUCUGAGUUGCGAGGUCAUUCGUGAUGCCAAGACGGGCGACAGUCUUCAGUAUGCCUUUAUCGAAUAUGCCGACAAGGCGUCUUGCGAGGCUGCCUAUGCCAAGAUGCAGGAUGUCCUGAUUGACGACCGGCGUAUCCACGUGGACUUCUCGCAGAGUGUGAGCAAGCUGCAACAGGUCUGGAGAGACGAUACAAACCAGAAGCGCAGAAAACACGCAUCCAGGGGUGGAUUCGGAGGUGUCGACGAACUCGAAAAGAGGCGGCAAUACCGUGACGAAUACGAGCGAAAUGGAGAUGAUUACGAUCUGGUGUACGGAGACGAGGAGAUGAAGGGUCGCCACCACCAGCGCGCUAAAGACCGUCGUCCCGAAUCAGAUAAGCAGCAGCAGCAGCCUGAGCAAGACAGAGAUCAACGGGAACGAGAUCGACCCAGAUCGGAACAGGUGCGGAGACGCAGUCGAAGCCCCGGACGCUCAAGGGCCAUGGAUAGGGACAGAAGAGGAGAUGGAGAUCGAUACCGAUCCGAUGAUCGCGGUUCCGGCCGACGGCACGAUCAAUACGAACGGCGACGUGACGAUAGGGAUCCGGGUCGCAGAGACCGCAGAGACUGGGAUAAUCGGAAUCGAGGUAGGGAUCGAGACUCGGACAGACGAAGAUAGUAACAGCAGCAGCAGCAACAGCAACUGCAAGACGCGCAUCUCAUUUUCUUCUCGUCUCCGACAAUGCUCUUUCAAAACUAUACCCAGCCGCCGUUGACCAGACCGCAGCUUGCAGCAGUCCGGUCAGCCACAGAUGUAGACCCCAAGAAAUACAAAAACAAUUGACACCACUAUCGCCACUGCCGCCCGCGUAAGGCUCGUGUUUCAUGAACAACAACAAUAUCUCGUUGACCUGUCGAGAUGCACCGCGGCAACCUGCCUGUAAGCCACCCCUUCGCAUCUCGUCGUCGACCAGGGAAGUCCGGGUGUGGGGAACGAGGGAAGGGAGAGAGAUUGCCCUAGCAAAGGCCGUGGGGUUUGACUUUACAACUUGACGUUGCACAUGGCGAACGGCUUGCCCCAAGUAGGAUUGGUCUCAUCGUUUCUCGCCGUUGCAAACAUGGCUAUCAGAGCCCUUUUUUUUCCACACUCGCAAGGGGGCCAUGCAAGUAAGCGGCCGGAAGCACCGCGGAAGUGGGGACCGACACGCAUCCUUGGUGUUGCCGAGGGGAGCUUGCAUCAGCCUGCUGCGUUUGAUGAAGCUGUCAUCUGUCAGUUGUCAUAUCUUCAAGGUGGUUCCUGUGCUAUGGGAGAAGCUGCAACGGAGCGGCAUUGAGAGACGGACCAUGGGCCAUGGACCGCCAUCUCAAAUGAAGUCCGCAGCCGCCUCGUGCGAGGCCGGCAUUGUGCGACAACGUCUUCGACCUGUCAGGACAAUCUCCGAUCACAUCCUCGCAUCCCUCAGAGCUCAGCUCUACGAAGAAGACCAUCUAGAAUCCUAGAACGAGGUUGCCUUCGGGACGAGAGCUGAUGAACUUAAGUUCGCGGUAAUUCGUAAAGUUGCUUCCGAACCUGACCGAUUUCCUUUAUCGUUCGCAUUUUGUUCUCGCUGACGCUGCCACCUGCAACCCCAUCGCGGCGUCUAAUAGAUGCGGUCUCCUGGUGUAGGGCCUCGUAAGUUCUCCCCCUCCAAGGCGUCCUGUAAUAUCAGUUGCUAAUGUCGCACAGGAUCACGAGAGUGACAGCACGUCGAGUCUCGCUGCAGAGCUGCUGCAGUUAAUUCUGUCCGUUCUGGCCCGCUAGGCAUCAACUCCCCAAUCCUGUGCGACCGCGUCUUUCUUCGCCUCAGUGCGAGCGAGACAUGAAGAUCAAAGCUCGUCAGUUGUGCUACUCCGUGGGGCUCAAUGGACCGGUCGAUGAUGCUGAGGUUGAGGCGGAGGAGGCCGAUUGUCUUCCCAAUGCAGAAUCUCGUUGCAGCCAAACCGCGGAACGGCAACUUUGUUGGCACAGUACGUCGAGAAAUGGCACUUGGACAAACUCGAAAGGGCCCAAACCAACGGAUCUGAUAUUCUCCAUCGCCAAUGUGUUAAUUGUGGAGGCAGCCCGGCUCGUCUCGUCUCGUCUCGUCUCGUUCUCCUGCGCCUCCUUCGCCUCCCUCAGUGCCUGGCCCUGGUGGCUGCUCUCCAUCGCUGACAACCUCAAUCAAUCUGCUCCGGACGUGGCCGGCCCCCUAGUAUGGGCUGUCAGAUGACCUUGUGUCCCUGGAAGCCGGGCCAAUCGCUUACCUCCUGUGUCCCUGUUGCAAACGGCUGCCCGCAUAUGGAUGGGAGAGGGAAAAAAAAACUGGUUCUGGCUAUGACUGGCAGCUUCCCCCAAAGUACAGAUGCAGCGCCCCGAAGAUGGCUGCAAAAAAUUUCCGUUGUCAGCGAAACCGUCGAGCCAUGUGCGUUCUGCUUGCUGCCUCCCGUCCCAGAAGCAGGCACGCACAAGAAAUGCCCGGUAACAGGUGAAGGGUGAAGAGAGGAUCUGCAUCACGACAGCCUGAUCGCCGGCAUGACGGCCUCACCUUGUUGGGCGAGGCUUUUGUUGCUGCAUAUGAUAUCAGUCUUGACGCUGUGCUACGCUGCCAACAACAUCUCAGUCGACUCUCGAUACGAACUGCUCUCUCAGAGUUUCAGCGAGGGCACCUUGUUUCUCUUGUCUUGGAAUUGCGGCGCAGUCUUUCUCUUCACAGAGCGAGACGAGAGUAAUCCCGCGAAGCCUGCGCGCUUCCAGACGGUCAUCGACGAGGCGAGGACAUGUCUCAAACACGGAGGGUUUCUUUGGCAAUAAGCUCAUGCGGAAACACGAGUACUGCCUGGGUUUUGAGACUUUGCACCUCGUUGACCUUGCACGCCGUGAGCUGAUGGCAGGACAAGACUGCGCUGCGGCGACAACUAUGUGCUUCACGAUUCCAGUCCCACCAGCAUGUCAAAAUUCAACGGCAAGAAGGAAAAGAAGCUUCUGACACGGAUCGAAAAUCACCCCUGAGAAACGCAUCAUUACGGACGUUAGGAUCACGAUGGGGAAUAGGAUCCGUCGGCUUCGAGCAUGGCCUUUGCAUCCAUGACAGAAUCCUUUUCUCCUGGUUGCUAUUGCUAAAAGGGCCAUUGGAAACGACGACGCCGCGCCGGGUUAGUCUUAGUUACUUAAACUCCUGCAGCUGGACAUCUACCCCUGAUUCAAAUGCACGGGGAUAUCGGGCGACGUAGUAUUGCAGCCUCUUCCUUAAACCAUUCAUCGCCAACACCGUCAACUUUGAGGUACCGACCGUCGUCCGAUGCGGGGGCCUUUCGCGGCAAGCAGGCGGAGGAGAGUGCAUCGCGUCAAGAGAAGGCAGAGACAUGGCAUACAUGCCUAGCUAUUCGUACAGGAUUCACGUCAACGGGCAUGCAUCACCAGCUGGCCGCCCACGGGCGAAGCAACAACGGCAAAGCAGGUGCGGGACGGAGAAGGAGAACCACACACCGACACAUUACUACGCAUACACGCGCACAUCUCACAAUCAUUCUGUGCCUCAGCGGCCCGUUUGCUAUUUCUGUCCCUUCCUUGUUUCCCUCCAACCCCCCCUCGCAUGCCGUGUAUCGAAGCUCUUCCCGCUAUCUUUAUCCAAAAGCAGAGGCGCGGCCGCGGCCGGAACUGCAACGUUGUGGAGGGGGAGGGCGAGAGAGGGGCAGCCAAAUCACGGUCGCCAAGUCGCGGACGAUCAAGCUGCAGCACAAGCGAAGGGCGAGGGGUCGAGAAACGUGCAGGAAGACACCUCAUCUGCCACGAGGAAGAGUGCGAGGCUUGGGGAAGGGGGGACUGCUGCUGCUGCUGCACACCGAACCUGGCUCAAGAAAUUCCCAGAGCUACUCCGUACAACGGCGCAACAGCAACAGAGGGUCUUGUUUGGCAGCUCCUCCAUCCCAAUUCGGAGCCAGGUGUGCGCCCCCUUCGCCCCUCCUGGGCCUAUCGAGGCGGCCUUGGACGGCCGUCUUUGGCGGCCAUAUUCAUGCAUCUCGUUUGCCCAUGUAAGAGUACUUUGCAAUGGAAGCAA